GAAAGAGGCGAGUAACAGCGCCAGCGAGCCAGGCAGAAACUCGAGCCGGGAACAAAGAGGGAUCGGGCGUGCGUGUGUGUGUGUGUGUGGGGUGUGUGUGUGUGUGUGUGUGUGUGUGUGUGUGUGUGUGGUGUGUAUCGGCCCGAGCUGCGGGCUGGAACAUUUGGGCCCGAGGCUCCUGCUGUGACUCCCCAAGACUCCGCUGUGCCAGCCACUGCCGAUUCCCAGCGCUCAUCAGCACAAACUUUAUUCUUGGCAAACUUCUCUCUUUCUCCCCUCCUCCUCCGCCCCCCUCCCCUCCCCCAGCAGAUUAAAUGCUCCUCUAGAAGGAAAACCGAAGCGAAAGGGUAGGAAAGAGGCUCCAACGCGGACGUCUGCAGCCCGGGUUGCUCUUUAUUGUUUACCCUUCAGGAAGUGGACUUUUCGGUAUUUUCUGAUUACCCUCGCACCUCUGUUGGGGCAAACGGAGCCUUUUGGCCCAGCUCUUCUCGAAAAACCAACUCCGAAAUCGGCAUCUGAAGAAUCCACGGUGGAGAAGUUUUGCACGGCGACGCGCCACGGGACCCUCCUUUACACUUUGGAAAGUCGUGUCCUCUCCGGAACCGGUGUCCUCGGUGCACAGACUCCAGCAAGGCGGGGCGGCCGCCGGGCCCCGGCAGCCUAGCCGAGCGCACGCGGAGCGCCGCAGACGCUCUCCGAGGCGCCGGCGGCUGCCGCCCGCGCAGUCUGGUGCCCUUCGCCCCGGGGCCGGGCGCCGGCGUCCUUCUAAGUGAAGUGGGGAAGCGCGACCAUCGCGGCGGCUCCCGCAGCUGCUCCGGCCGCGGGUCCCUCGCUUGCCCACCCCGCUUCCAUUAGCAGUCCUCCCACUCUUACCUCCCCCCCACAUCACAUCACAUCGACCCCCCUUUCCUGCCGUCGCCGAGUGCUCCCGCAGCGGAGCGGAGAUUACAGAGCCUCCGGGAUGCCCCAACUCUCCGGAGGAGGCGGCGGGGGGGACCCGGAACUCUGCGCCACCGAUGAGAUGAUCCCCUUCAAGGAUGAGGGCGAUCCCCAGAAGGAGAAGAUCUUCGCCGAGAUCAGUCACCCCGAAGAGGAAGGCGACUUAGCCGACAUCAAGUCAUCCUUGGUUAACGAGUCCGAAAUCAUCCCAGCCAGCAACGGGCAUGAGGUGGUAAGACAAGCACAGCCUGCUCAGGAUUCCUACCACGACAAGGCCAGAGAACACCCCGAUGACGGAAAGCAUCCAGAUGGAGGCUUGUACAACAAGGCACCUUCCUACUCCAGCUAUUCUAGCUACAUAAUGAUGCCAAAUAUGAAUAGCGACCCAUACAUGUCAAAUGGAUCUCUGUCUCCACCCAUCCCGAGGACAUCCAAUAAAGUUCCGGUGGUGCAGCCAUCUCACGCGGUCCACCCUCUCACCCCCCUCAUCACUUACAGUGACGAGCACUUUUCUCCAGGAUCACACCCGUCACACAUCCCAUCAGAUGUCAACUCCAAGCAAGGCAUGUCCAGACACCCUCCAGCUCCUGAAAUCCCCACCUUCUACCCCCUGUCUCCGGGUGCCGUUGGGCAGAUCACCCCACCCCUCGGCUGGCAAGGUCAGCCUGUAUAUCCCAUCACGGGUGGAUUCAGGCAACCCUACCCAUCCUCACUGUCAGGCGACACUUCCAUGUCCAGGUUUUCCCAUCAUAUGAUUCCUGGUCCUCCUGGCCCCCACACAACGGGCAUCCCUCAUCCAGCUAUUGUAACGCCUCAGGUCAAACAGGAGCACCCCCACACUGACAGCGACCUAAUGCACGUGAAGCCUCAGCAUGAACAGAGAAAGGAGCAGGAGCCAAAAAGACCUCACAUUAAGAAACCUCUGAACGCUUUCAUGUUAUACAUGAAAGAAAUGAGAGCGAACGUCGUGGCCGAGUGCACGCUGAAGGAGAGUGCGGCCAUCAACCAGAUCCUGGGCAGAAGGUGGCACGCCCUCUCCCGGGAAGAGCAGGCCAAAUAUUAUGAAUUAGCCCGGAAAGAGAGACAGCUACAUAUGCAGCUUUAUCCAGGCUGGUCAGCAAGAGACAAUUAUGGCAAGAAGAAGAAGAGGAAGAGAGAGAAGCUACAGGAAUCUACUUCAGGUGGCAAAAGAAACUCAUUCCCAACGUGCAAAGCCAAGGCGGCGACCCCAGGCCCUCUUCUGGAGAUGGAAGCUUGUUGAAAACCCACACUGUCUCCACAGCUUGCCCGGCUGACCCCAAGGAGCACUGACAGCAUCUUUACCCUGAGGUUACUGCUAGAGACGCUGACCCACAGAGACAGUCACUGCCAGCCCUCCCUCCUGUCUCCUGCAAGCGCUGACUUCCAAAAGCAAGCUGAAACCGGUUGUUUCUGAAAAAAAAAAAAAAAAAAAAAAAAAAAAAAAAAGCCCAUGAGAAUGCUAGCAGGCCCUGCCCACCGAGCGGCGUCGCUUCUGGUCUCUGUGUGCACUUGUCCUCUGUGCAGACCUAUCACCCUUCAGCAAGGACAGUCAGUACCUUGGCCGUGUUCGCCUUGUGAUGCGCACACGGAGUCAGGGACCGGAGUCAGGCAUCAGCAUCCUGGCGUGAGAAUUUCAGAAGACCCCCGUUCCCGUCUUCAUUUGCCUAUCUUCCUCAAGUUUUUAUUUAACAGUACAAAAGGAUCAAGCUUGUGUUUGCUUUUUUUUUUUUAACUCGAAUUUUUAAAUUUACUUUUUUUUG